GUGCAUAAUAUCUUGAAAAGUAAUAUUUUUAAGUAAUAUUUAUUUCUAUUUUAGUACCAUUGUGCAUUGACCUCUGACUGGAAUGAAUUAUGCCAUGCUAUCCGGGAUUACACCCGGGAGUACCUGCAUAUACUUGUAUCAAUUACAAUCUCAUAAUUGAUAUGUCUUUGUCUACUCAUUCAAAAAGAAACCUUGGAACGGUGACUUAAGACCCAAAUCUAGGGCCCAAUUAGGUACUUUAUUUUAUUUUAAUUUAACCAUUAUCGACAUCUAACUGGAAUAAAUUAUGAUAUAUAGGGCCGAUAUCCGAUAUAUGAUAAUGGUAGUAAAUGCUAUUCCCAGGAUUGCGUCCAAUAAGUUGGCUAUAUACGCACGUUUACCACUGUAUUUAUUCUCGUAUUAAAUUACAGACUCAUAAUAGAAGUCUGCUGAUUAAAGAAGAAACCUUAAAGCGGCCUCUUAAGAUUCAAAAUAGACUGCAGCAUGGUGAUUACUUGAUUAGCAUUGUACUACGGGCAGACGCUACGCGCCGUCAUGCGCUGUCUAUCAAUGGUGUGUAGUGCAAACAGUUUGUGCAAUUCGGGUUAAGAUGACCGGACCUUGUGGCGUAAGAAUAGGACCCUCCGCAGAGACGGACUUGAAAAAUUUCGAAUGUACCUAUGUGCUUUUAUUGAGAUAGGUCUGCGGAUUAGAUGGUAUGGCGAGGAAAGAAAUUGGCUCAAAAAGAGAUUAUGUGCAUGUUAACUACUAGGUACUGUCCGCGACUUCGUCUGCGUCGGAUGAUGAUGAUGAUUAUUGAUAAGAACUAUCCUAUAUCUCGGGCCUCAAACUAUCUCCAUACCAAAUUUCAUCUAAAUCGGUUUAGCAGCGUACACAUGUAACAGAUAGACAGACAGAUAUUGUUACUUAAGUACGCAUUUAUAAAUUAGUGCCUUAGUAGGGAUGCAGUGUGACACAACUGGCAGAUUCUUUUUUGUAAGUAGAGGGUGGCAGAAACUUUUGUAUAGAGGGGGCAGAUACUUUUGUAUAGAAGGCAACAAGCCUUGUUGAACGUAUUGUUGUGGAACUAGGUCUACUUGUGUAACUGUAAAUUGUCUCAUAAUAUUUGCUCAUCCAAUAAUUGCGAUUACUUAGAGAUCCUGAACGUUCAGCGUUCAAUUGUUUACUAAAGCAUAGAAUAGAGGCCGAGAGAUAUGCCGGUAACAUUAGAUCCUAUUGCGUCUCUGUUGGACUUUCUCUGUUACAGCAUCGCAUUGCGCUAGCAUUUGUUAACUCAUUCGGCUUUUGAGCACAAACUCGUCGGCAGCCGCCAUGACAUCAUUCCAAAUUCGAAUUUGACUGUUGAAUUUGCGAAAAUCACGGUCUUUUUUCGCGGUGCGAUCAGCGGCUUGAAGUUGCUCGAAAUUUGUUUUUUUUUUUUUUCUUUUUAAUGUCUAUUAAAGUUUAGUAACAAUUGUUUUUUUUUAUUUGAGUUCACGGUCAAUGGACUUUUAGCCGGAUUGCAGUGAGUGCAGUGCAUUAGUAAUACAGAUUUUAAACAUAAUGGAAUAACGAAUUACUGAAGUAUUUAAAGAGUGGCAAGCAGUUUUUACUUCAUUUGUGGAUCACUUAAUAAACUAGAAAUACAAAAUGGAAAAAGAUUAUUUCCAGUUAAUGAAAUAGAAAGAAAAAACAAAAUGUUUGGUUUUAAACGUUCAUCUGUGCAGUUAUUAGUGAUUUUGUCCUGGUGUUUGCAAGAGUGGACGUUUAACAAUGUGGUAUUAUGGUAUAUAUUCGCGUGUGGUGUAUGGUUGUCUGGAUUGUUGUGUCUGCUGACAUAUGAUCAUGACUAUUGGUCGGACAGAGGGAUAUUUUCACCCCCUGCUUGGCCUCUCGUCGGCCAUAUAUUAUCUGUGGUCCUCUUUAGGGAGCAGGGAGGAAUCUGCUUCCUUAAGAUCUAUAAUAAAUAUAGACAUCUAAGGUUUUUGGGCACCCACCAGUUUUUCCAAAGAACCCUGGUUAUCCUGGACACAUCCCUCAUACGUCGUAUAUGCGUGACCGACUUCUCGCACUUCGUGGACCGCGGUUUCUUCUUCAAUGAGGAAGUGGAUCCCCUAGCGGGGUCUGUGCUGUUUCUACGAGGACAGGAAUGGCGCCGGCUGAGGGCUAAGAUAUCGCCUAUAUUCUCACCUAACAAACUAAAAGGCAUGUUCCCAAUAAUAGAGAACACGGCACAAGAGUUCAUCAAGCGCGUCACAACGCUGCACUGUAACUCCGUGGUGGACUCAGAGCGUCUCCUUGGUGGCUAUACGGCGGACGCCAUAGUGCCUUGUGCGUUCGGCGUCAAGAGUCACGUCAUGGACGAUGAGAAGGACCCGUUUGCUGUGGCGUUACAUGCGUUUUAUGAGAUGACGCCGUUCAAUCUAUUUGAGAAGACCAUGAGGCAGUUCUGGCCCGCGUUCUGCAUGUUCUUCAGACUGAAGAUAAUCCCACAGAAGACGCACGAUUUCUUCUACAACAUAGUCACGAGCGUAUUGAGGGACCGAGAGAAUGGCGUGCCAGAUAAGCGGGGUGACUUCAUAGACAUGAUGAUGGCUCUUCGGAACGACGACAAAAACAACAACCGGGCGGACAAGGAUGAAGAUCACGUAGAAAUCACGGACAUGGUCAUAUCAGCCAACGCCUUCAUAAUAUUCCUCGGCGGUUUCGAGACUACGUCUGCAACCCUCGCUUUCCUGCUCCUGGAGUUGGCUGCCCAUCCAGACAUCCAGGAAAAAUUGAGACAGGAGAUACUGGACGUGGUGGGAGAGAGGGAGAUGACGUAUGAUAUGCUGCAGGAAUUGACGUAUAUGGAUAUGGUUAUACAAGAGACAUUGAGACUCUACCCGCCCUUCCCUAACAUCCAGCGGAUGUGUACCAGAGACUACGUCAUCCCAGAAACUGGACACAUUAUCGAGAAGGGCACAGUGGUGCUGUUUCCUACUCUUGCCAUACAGAGAGAUGAGCAGUUCUUCCAGUCGGCCGGCUCAUUUAAUCCCGAGCGUUGGAGCGGCCCAGCGCCGCCGCCCGGCGUCUACAUGCCGUUUGGGGAUGGGCCCCGCGUCUGCAUCGGUAAAAGAUUCGCGAUGAUCCAGAUGAAGUGCUGCAUCGCGCGUCUGCUGCGUGUGGUGCGCGUGUCGCCCGCGCCCCGCGCGCCGCCGCGCACGCGCCCCUUCCGCCCCGACCCGCGCUCGCCGCUCGCGCUGCACCCCGGCGACUCCACGGUCGCUAUCAGCCUUGUGACCUCAUCAUAACGCUAUUGAGCGUGGCUCGCGUGUCGCUAAUGUGUCGUCGACGUGUCCCGCACGCUGCUCUUCCACUUUUUAUACUGGUCCCCGAAGACUCAGCGA